AUGAGUCUCGCGCCACGGAGCUUCAUCGAUGCCUUCGAAGAGUUCCGUCCAGAUCUUACGCCUGCUAUCAAGUUGCGGACGCUCUCGUAUACCAUCUAUUUUGAGUAA